AUGAAUAACGGGAGUAAACAAUUCCUUCGCUUCGCCCGCUUUGUGUCCGAUAUUCACAUAUUUCUUGUAGAGAUCAAUAGACUGUUCAUAAUCGGGUCGAACAACACUCAGACCCGCUUUCGGGUCCUGAAGAUCGACAGAACCGAAGCUAAAGAGUUGAAUGUAAUCGACGAUAAGCUGGAGUACAAUCAGCUGGAGAUCAGGGAACUUCUGGUGAUGGUAGACGUGGGCAACCGGUCCUCAAAGUCGAGCAAUCACUACGGCCUCAACCGAACCAUCUCUGCCUUUGGUAUCGUAGGGUUUGUCCGCUUUCUGGAGGGAUAUUAUCUGAUUCUCAUAACGAAGCGCCGAAGAGUCGCCCAAUUGGGUCACCACUCCAUCUAUAAGAUAGAGGACACGCAUAUGGUGUACAUCCCAUCAGAAGUGGACAAAUCAAACCACGAAGAACUCAAAUAUUAUAAGCUGUUCCAAAACGUGGACCUUUCGUCUAACUUUUACUUCAGCUAUUCAUACGAUUUGAGUCAUACAUUGCAGUACAAUAUCGGACAGACAUAUCUUCACAACCAUUCCGGCACUAAUUGUGAACACGAUUUGUCCGAAACACACACUCUUUGGGAGAGGAAUAACAGUGACUGUUGUGACGGGUCGGCGACCGAAGAGUCUAGUAAUGACCGCAAAUAUGAGUUGCAUUCGGGAGGCGUCCGCACGAAACCCAACUAUAAGUUCGUAUGGAAUGAGUAUUUGCUUCAAUCGCUUGAUUUACAUCCGGAUUGGAUUCUUCACAUCUGUCAUGGAUUUGUCGCUCAGAACAACAUCUGUUAUUUGCUUCAAUCGCUUGAUUUACAUCCGGAUUGGAUUCUUCACAUCUGUCAUGGAUUUGUCGCUCAGAACAACAUCUGUGUCUUCGGCCGACCCAUACAUUUGACUCUAAUCGCCAAACGGUCCAAGAAGUUCGCCGGCACUCGCUUUCUGAAACGGGGCGGCAAUUGCGAGGGCGAUGUGGCCAACGAUGUGAUCACCGAACAGAUAGUACACGACGCCAGUGUGUCCUCCUUUUCCGACGGCUUCUACACGUCGUUCGUGCAAAUGCGAGGUUCGGUUCCCUCCUAUUGGUCGCAAGACAUCUCUAAAAUGGUUCCCAAACCGGCCAUUCAGUUGGAUAUAAUGGAUCCGUACUAUGCGAUGGCCGGCCGUCACUUCAAUCAACUGCUCUAUACAUACGGUUCGCCGAUAAUUAUCUUAAAUCUGGUGAAACGACGCGAACAGAAGCCACACGAGAGUGUGUUAAGCAAUGAAUUCAUGAAUGCAGUCAACUAUUUGAACCAAUUUCUGCCGCCCAAACACCAAAUCGAUUACAUCGGCUUCGAUAUGGCGAGGAUUAACAAACUCAAAGACGCUAACGUUAUGACCAGAUUGGCUGAGAUCGCGUACUAUACGCUCAAACAGACGGGCAUUUUCCAGAGCAAAGGCACGUGUCUUAACCAACAACAACCCGACUGCGAGGCGUUUAUUCAACGCGAUCGACGCACACUCGGCGGGUAUCGAUUGCCCUGCGGUCGCACUCUGCAGACGGGUAUCGUUCGCGUGAAUUGUGUGGACUGUUUGGACCGAACCAAUACGGCUCAGUUCGCUUUGGGUAAAGUGGCGCUCGCUUUUCAACUCUAUUCGCUGGGAAUACUGCCCAAACCGGACCUGGAGUUCGAGUCGGACACCGUUCGCAUGUUGGAAGAGCUAUACGAAGAUCACGGCGACACUCUGGCCCUACAGUACGGCGGCUCACAACUGGUCCACCGAAUCAAGACCUACCGAAAGAUAGCGCUCCUCUCUUCCCAUUCACGCGAUAUAAUGCAAACCCUUUCCCGUUAUUACAGUAACGCCUUUUCGGACGCAGAGAAGCAGAAUGUGAUGAACUUAUUUCUCGGCGUUUUUAAGCCAGCAAAGGGUGCGUCCAUUUGGGACUUGUAUACAGACUUUUAUUUGCAUAAUUCGUUGGCCGCCGGCAGACAACUGGCCGGAAGUCAUACAAAGCAAUACACUAAAUGGUGGUCCGACGAAGUGGUCAAAUGUCUGCCGCGAUCUGCCCUUGAAAUAAACAAAGGAAGUCCUGAUUCUCUUAUAUGUCUGACUCGAGACAAGACAAACAACGAGAGAACUGAUGGCUAUUACGAACAGUACCGGCCCUACGAAUUGACUGUCUUCACGGACACCCUAUCGUUCAACAUUCCCAACAGUUGUAAGGACUUUAUGCCCAACUUUACCGCCGAUUACAGUCCAUUCAGUGUGCGGUUAAGAGUUGGAAAGCGUCGCGAAUCGCUGAUGGGUUCGAGCGGUUCCAAACUCCCUCCGCCUCCUAACCCAUCUCUGUCGGGUCGAGCGUCCACUUCGUCGACGUCGAGCAGCGCCAGUGAAUUGGAGAGCGAUUCCGAUGACGAAGACGAGACCGCAUAUGAUUUUGUUAACUUUAAUGCUAACCAUUCAGAUAAUGAAGAUUUAACUCAAUCUCAUUGCUCGCCCACAAAGGCUGUGGAUAUUAGAUGGGAAAGUAGCCACACGUACGGCCAUAUCGUUAAGAAACCAUUUCACAAAGACAUUGAUCUCUACAAGAAAUAUGUGAAUAUCGGACACAAAGCGGGCGAAGCGAAGGAAUUGUUUACUAAUAAAACAAACAAAUUAUGUGUGAAUUCGAGUGAAUAUUCUGACACCAGUUUUUCAGUCAAACCUCCCGUUGUCUCCAAAACAAGGGAGACAGGAGUGACCACAUUAUCAAACAAUUCUUUGAAGUUUGGUAUCAAUUCAAAUGAGGACUUAUAA